AAUCUUAUUUUAAGUGGAAUAAAACAUAUUACUAUUCAAGACAGUCAAAAUAUAUCAGAAAGUGAUAUAGAAAACAAUUUUUUGAUAAGAUGGGGAAAUAAUCAUGUAAAUACAAAUAGAGCUGUAGUUUGCUAUGAAAAGUUAAAGACAAUGAAUCCAAAUGCAGAAGUGCAAGUGAAAACACAAGGUCUUGAAAAUUUAGACUUGAAUUCUCUAUUAUGCUAUCAGCUUGUAAUUUUAUGUGAUCAAUCCUUAAUGUUACAAAUGACUGUAAAUAAUUUUUGUACCUUGCAAAAUCCUCCUAUUAAAUUUAUUUCUGCAAACACAUUUGGAAUCUUAUGUUCAGUAUUCUGUGAUUUGAGAUGUAAUAAAGGAAGCAUUAAUAAUGAGCAAAUAAUGCAAAAUGAAUAUGAGACAAUAGAAAAACAAAUAUGGAAUCCAAGAUUAAUAAAUGAUAACUCCGGAAUACAGGUUCCAUGCUCAUUUUCUGUAUGUUCUAUGUGUGUAAAUAAGAUAUGCUGUAAUCCAAGUCAAGAGAUUCUACACUUGGGAUUAUUAUGUCUUUAUAAGUUUGAAGAGGAGUUUGGAAGACAUCCAUAUAUUGGGAAUGAAAAAGAUCACAAUACAUUUUUAAACCUUGCAGAAAGUUUAAAAGAAAAAUUUUCAAUUAUUCAAAUAGAUAAAAAUUUGUUUGAAUUAUUACUAUCAAAUUCAAAAAGAACCCUACCAAUUCUUUCGACAUUUGUGGGCGGUAUUGUUUCACAAGAGGUUUUAAAAUCAAUAACAAAGAAAUUUGAUCAUCUUAAUCAUUGGAUUCAUUUCUGUACACCUGAAAUUGUAAAUGAUGAUCCAGUGAAUGUUGGAAGUAAGAAUAUGUCAUCAAUCUGCAUUGAUGGAAAAUUAUUGGAGAAAUUAAAAAAUAUUAAUUUAUUUAUGGUUGGAUGUGGAAGUAUCAGCUGUGAAAUAUUGAAAAAUCUUGCUUUGUUAAAUGCAUCUAUUGGACAAGGAAAGAUUAUAAUUUCUGAUGACAGUAUUAUUGGAAAAUCGCAUGUGACGCAACAUUUUCUUUAUUCAAGGAAUCGUAUAAAUCAAUAUAAGAGCAUUGCAGCAAGUGAGGAAAUUUUGAAAGUUAACUCAAAAAUGAAGAUUAUUCCAAAUACAAACAAAUUAUCUAUGGAAACUGAUAAAAUCUAUGAUGGCAAUUUUUUUAAAAAUCAAGAUAUUAUAAUAGCAAAUGUGGAUAAUGUUUACUCCAGAAAAUAUUUGGAUAAAUGUUGCAUACGAAAUGGUAAACCAUGGAUCGAUACUGGAUCAAUGGGAUUUUAUGGACAUGUUCAAGUUAUUUUACCACACUUAACCGAAAAUUAUACUGCAGUUUGUGAUUAUUCUGAUGUUGAAUACCCUUACUGUACCAUAAAAUCAUUUCCAAUGCAAAUAGAACAUACUGUUCAAUGGGCUUAUGAAAAAUUUUUGAAUCUAUUUAUCAUCAAACCGUCAUCCUAUAAUGAAAUUUGGAAGAAAAAUAAUGGUAUAAAUGGCAUCAUAGAGAGAUUGGAAUUGGGAGAAAGAGUUAAUGGGUUAUCGACAGCCAUAAAGUUACUGUUGAUAAGGCCUAAGUCUUGGAAGGAUUGUGUUGAGUUUGCUAGACAUAAAUUUGAAAAGUAUUUUUGUAAUAAGGCUCAUCAGUUGUUACAUUUGUUUCCCCUCGAUUAUGUUUCCGAUGGAAAACCAUUUUGGCAGUAUCCCAAAUGUGCUCCUAUUCCGUUGCUAUUUGAAUGGAAAAAUGCCUUGCAUAGAAUGUUCAUUGUCUCUACAGCCAGAUUACAUGCUAAAUUAUGGAAUAUUUCCUAUGAUAAUGAUGAUAUAGAAAUUAACAACAUUUGUCAGAUACUAAAUCAUGUAAAUCUACCACAGUUUGAACCGGAUCCAAAUAAAAAAGUUGUAAUUGCAGAAGAUGAAAAACCUGAAAUGAAUGAGGAAGGAGAUCAAACAGUUCCAGUUUUUCUAGAAAUUCUCAGAAAGGAAAUGGAAUCAACUGAUAAUGAAUGCUUGAAAAUGUUACCUCUAAAAUUUAAUAAAUAUGAUGAAACAGAAGGUCAGAUGGACUUUAUAUAUUCUGCUUCGAAUCUAAGAGCGUUAAUGUAUAAUAUCAAAACUGAAUCUUAUUUAAGAAUACGAUUUAUGACUGGAAAAAUUAUUCCAUCGCUACCUGCUACUAAUGCUGUUAUAUCUGCUUUGGCAGUAUUUGAAUUAUUGAAAAUUUUGAAAGAUUUUGAAAAAUCUCAAUAUUCCAAUUACUUUAUUGACCUUUCACAACCAAGUAUUUUACUUUCUGAACCUGCAUCGCCAUUAAUAUACAAAUUAAGAAAAGAUUUAGCAUAUACAGUAUGGGACUGUUGGAAUAUUUAUGGACAGAAAGAAGAAACAUUACAGCAGUUUAUAAAUAAAUUUAAGGCAAACUUUAAUUUGGAACCAACCAUGAUUGUUUACGGCUCCAAAAUAUUAUGGUUACCGCUUAUACCUUUGUACGAGAAGAGAAAGUCACAGACAAUGAAAUCUUUGAUAGAUUCCGACCAAGAGAGGCGAGACCACGCGGAACUGUCCGUGUCCGUUUACGACGAAAAUGGAGAAGAAGAGAUGGCGCCUUCUAUUUUAUAUCAUUUUUAAAACGGAUGCCGAAGUACGGCGGAACCCGUCCAGGACGGAAACCUCCCAAAUCAGGAAAACCGUGCAAUUAUACAGGUUUCACUGUAUAAUAUUUGUAACUGGUAAUUGUAAUUUAUUAUAAAAAUUUCAUUUGUUAAUGAACAAAAA